GGCCGAGUCUGGCUCACACUCGGCCGCGAACCCCAGUCUUGCGUACCGUCCCAUUGGGUCCCCUACAGUGCCGCGCACGUGCCCGCGAGCUUGAAGCAAGAGAGUGUUCCGAAGGUGCGCGUCCACCGCCGUGCGUUUUGUGACUUCACUGUGAACCAAUCAGUCCGAAGAGCUCCAGGAUGACCCUCGACGUGGACCGCGGCGUGACGGCGGGCGGCGCCUCCGAGCAGGCCCAGGCCGCCAACGGCGCCGACGUCGUGUCCUUCUUCCGCGGCCGCUCCGUGCUCGUCACGGGCGCCACGGGCUUCAUGGGCAAGGUGCUGGUGGAGAAGCUGCUGCGCGCGUGCUCCGACAUCGACACCGUGUACGCCGUGGUGCGCACCAAGCGCGGCAAGAGCCCCGCGGACCGCAUGGCCGAGUACGUCUCCUCACAGGCGUUCGACCGGCUGCGGCAGGAAGGCCUGGCCGCCCAGCUGGACAAGAUCGUGGCCGUCUCCGGCGACGUGUCCGCCGCGGGCCUCGGCCUCUCCGGCGACGACGCGGCGCUGCUGGCCGCCAGGGUGUCCGUCGUCUUCCACUGCGCCGCCAACGUGCGCUUCGACCUCAGCCUGGCCGACGCCGUGAACCUCAACACCGUGGGCACCCGGAACGUGCUCAACUACGCCAGCACCAUCGACCGCCUGGACGCCUUCAUCCACGUCUCCACGGCCUACUGCCACUGCGACGAGGACACGCUGGAGGAGCGCACCUACCUGGGCGACGUGAACCCCGAGAAGGUCAUCGACAUGUGCCAGUGGAUGGACCCUGCCGCGCUUAAGGACAUCACCCCCAAACUCAUCGGCUCCCUGCCCAACACGUACGCCUACUCCAAGGGCCUGUCCGAGCACCUCGUCAGCUCGUACAGCGAGCGGAUGCCCAUCGGCAUAGCGCGCCCCUCCAUCGUGAUGCCGUCGUGGCAGGAGCCCAUGCCCGGCUGGGUGGACAACCUGAACGGCCCCUCGGGGCUGCUGGUGGGGGCUGCCAAGGGGGUGGUGCGGUCUAUGCACUGCAAGGAGCACUACCUGGCCGACCUCAUGCCCGUGGACAUCGUCAUCAACGCCAUCAUCGCCCUCGCCUGGAAAGUGGGCCGCACUCGGCCGACCAAGCCGCUGGUGGUGAACAUGUGCGAGUCGGGCGACAACCCCGUGACCUGGGGCGGCAUGCUGGAGAUGUGCAAGAAGGAGUCGCGCGUCACGCCGUCCCAGGGCGCGGUGUGGUACCCCGACGGCUCCAUCAAGGACUCGCACUGGCAGCACACGCUGUGCGUCGUCUUCUUCCACUUCCUGCCCGCCUACCUCAUCGACUUCCUCAUGCUCGUCAGCGGCAACCGGAGAUUCAUGGUGCAGCUGCAGCGCCGGAUACAGGGCGGCCUCAAGAUCCUGCACUACUACACGACCCGCAAGUGGGUGUUCCGGAACGAGCGGCUCAAGGGCCUGGCGGCGGAGCUGAGCCCCCAGGACCGCAAGCGCUUCCCCAUGGACGUGCGCGCCGUGGACUGGCCCACGUACUUCCACAACUACGUGUCCGGCGUGCGGAACUUCGUGUUGCACGAGGACCCCGACGUCUCCAAGGCCGUCAGGCACCACCAGAGGCUCUACGUGCUGCACCGCGUGACGGUGGUCGCGUUCUACGCGCUCGUCGCCUGGCUGCUCUGGACUCUCGUGUCCGGGCUGAGCGGCGCGCUGAGCGGCGCGCUGUCCGUCGGCGGCAACCCCACCCUCUCCAGGUGGCUGGGCUACUCCGUGAGCUCCAUCGGCAUCACCUCGCCGCUGUGAGUCCAGGACGCCGUCCCGCCGUCCCGCCACCCGGGGCGCCAUUCUGCGAGGAGGCCUGUCUAAAGACUGAUGGGGCGAUCUCUGGAGCCGUGCCGGAGACGCCCAAAGUCAUUCCACUCUCUGGGGACACUCCGAGACAUCACCACCAAGACGCUCAGCAAUGCACUUCGUCUAGUGAUCAAUUUUGUGUGAAGUAAAGUUCAGUUCGCCACGGUAUAAUGGUGAAAAUAACCAACCUCUUAUUAUAGUCGCCUGUGAUUGAUUUGUAUGUGUGUGUUUGUGUGUAUGUGUUUUAUAGUGUAGUUUUUUUUUGUUGUUAAGACUUUGAUACAGUCAACUGUGUCUCUUUUUUUAACUACCCCGUAUUUUAUUGUUUUUUAAAUUAUAGGACCUGUUGUUCUCAGCGACAUAAUGUGAAAUGAAAUGUGGCGCCAAACCACGCCAAACCAAGGUAUUACCUGGUGGGGCUCGUAGAAGCUCCUGUGUUGUCAAUUAUUUUUUGUACGGGCAGUUUCUUUGGAAAGACGGCAAUUGUUUUUAGGCACGAAGUAGCCUUAUUUAGUAUAAUCGAUUUGUAAGCUCAAUAAACCGUCUGAGAACCCAGA